CCUAUCCUCCGAUCGUCAUUUUUCGCUCGGUUUUCCACCGCCACUUUUCGUUUCAGCAUGCACACCUCGUCCACUGCCCAGUGUAUUCUUUUCCUCUUUUUUCGCUUACCCCUGCCGGCCAGAGACGUCUGGUUUCGUCGAAACGGGCUCGACAGGGAGACCCCCGGAGGAAAAGGCCUGGGUUAAUCUACUGUUUUCUGAGAAUUUCCAUUUUCUUCUUCUUAAGGAAACGUUGCCAGGUGUCUUUGCUGAGUCGCAUUUUUGUGUUGGCGAGGAGCGGCUUUUCUCUCCCCUAUUACCCGCACAGUCAAGAUGGCAGAGACUCGCGAAGGGGGGCAGUCGGGGGCAGCCUCGAUCUUGGGGGCGGAAGCGUUUCCCGAACUGUUGAGCAAGGUGCCGUUGAAUCCACAGAUGGACGAAGACAAACAUUUCAACAAGUACAAAUGGGGAAACGAGCCAAUUCCUGUCAACAGACGAACUGGGAGCCGAAUGAACUCCUCGAUCUACGACAACCGGAACCACGAGGCUGUUCGCCAUCCGUGGUCGACAGAUGCACGAACAUUUCAUCCCAAUGAUAACCCGGAAGCCGACCGAAUCAAUACUCAGUACUCCAACAUGGUUAGCGACAGCUUUCCUGAAGGCGGCUUCAGCGAUGCACCUCGUUUUUCCUCGAACUGGGAGCGCCUGCUGGCCUACCACCACGGUCUCUAUUCCCCGGAAAAGUUCAACUCGACGACCAAGACGGCAGAUGAAAUCCGACUUGCCGUCAAUGAUUUCGCCGCGAAAGUCCACGCUGAUGACCCCAAAAAUGCUUGCAAAUAUCUUAUGAUCGAAGAAUUCAAGUGCCUUCAGUCUGCGCAGGCUCGCAUUGAUCCUCAAGGUGCUGCAACAAAGUGCGUGAAGUGGUUUAAUGAGUGGAGACAAUGCGCCUGGGAUCAGGAGAAGAUGGUGAAAGGAUACAACUACAUCGAAGACAGAAGGGCCCGGAAGCACAAGCCAUACAUUGGAGCGCCCGAUCUGCAGUACUCUUAGAUCGUGUGUUUCUCAUGACCAGACUGUUGUUUCGUUUUUUGUGUUUCGGACAUCCGUCCUCUCCUGCACAGUGUUUCGUUCUCUAUCAGCCUGCUCCACCGGAGAAACUUGGGGAAAAGCCAGUUUCAGCUGAAUUGUCGUGGAGAGGCGCGAAGGUUCGGAAGGCGCGCUGCAAUAACAAGGAUCCACAAGAGAGAGUUCAAAUAGGAAUGAUCCGUGCAUAGCUAGUCCAUUGUAUGUUUGCUCCCACUGGCUCCAUGGUAUAAUGUGGCUCACGUCCAUGUGAACCCACGCUGCUUUCACCGGGGCGAAAUCUUCAGUCGAUUUUCCUGCCUACCCCGACACGGGUGCCCACAGUGGGACACGGUCCGUUAAGCAGCUGACAGAAAAAACAUAUGAGAACUGGGUCCAACUGUACGAGUUCGGAUUAAGGUCUCUUCCUGUGA